AUGAAGAGGCCUGGUGAGACCCAGCUGAAACACCGUAGGGCAGUAGACUCCAGUCGCUGCACAUCGCCUACAUCCGGGGGCCCGGAAAUCACAGACAAGGCGUCGUCGGCGGCACUCCCAACAGUGCAGCUUUGGGGAUUCCGCCAUCUGGAUGACCCGAUGUUUGAACAGACGUGUAUGGUGACGUCAGCCCAACAAAGUCGGGCCUUGACACGUAUUUCAUCCACUUAUCAGAAUGAGGUUGACAAAGCAUUGAAUGGGAACUAUAGUGCCGACCUGGAAGCACUAAGUCCGCUCAAGCUUCGGAUGCACUUACGGCAGUAUGCCGAUGAUUUUGCCAAGUCUAUGGCAAUAGAUGGGCAUGCCAAAGUGUUUCGUACAAUUCGAGGUGAAAAUGAUCCUGAGUUCCUUAGGCUAGCAGAUGACUCGGACGACAUAUACGACUGGAUCCGACGUUACUAUCUUGAAUCCCGAGGCUCGGAGUUACCCGGGACCGUGAAUCAAAUUGUGCUGCAGAAUAUAUUUCGUCAGCAGUUCAGCCCGUGGGAGAAAAUAGCGAUCAAAUACCUAUAG